AUGGAACAUGGUUCACAUGAAGAAACGUAUACAGAUCAACAGUUCAAACAUUUGUUGGCGUUUCGUGUAGCAUUAAGAGAUGAACAGUUAAAGUUAGCAAAGGAAAAGAAGAAAUUCUUGAAACAGAAAACAGCAAUACUUAAGCAACGUGUGAGAGACGACAAUAAUAAUUAUUCAAUUGCUCCCAACAUAAAGUCAAAUGAGGCUAUUAAUAACCAUGGGAGUGUUACCAAAGAUUUGGGUGAUCUUGGGGGAGCUCCUUCUGCAAUUCCAUUCGGUUUGAACCCGAACCAUAACCGUUACGUUCCAUCAGUUGUACUGAAGAUCAACAAGACAAAGUUGGCAAAGAAAAUGAAGGAGUAUAAAUUAGUGGCUACCAUAACCAGUGAUAGGGAGUUCAAUAGAAUACAAUAUGAUGCCAACGAUAGAAUCAUUUUGAACGGUAUAACCUAUGCGGUGAUAGAAGGCGGAGCUAAACUUAUCCCAUUGGAUUUCCCCAAGGGUUCCCCCUUGCCGAACAGAGAUGAGAUCGAAUGGGAUGAGCAUAUCAACAGAUUAGAACAAUGUCGUUACUACAUGAGAGCAGUCCAUUUGCCCCGGUGUCCUGAUUUUGAAGAGACAGGGUCAUGUCCUAGAGAGUCGCACUGUUCAUUGGAACAUGCGGUGACUCGAAGACACCAACGACUUAUGGCAACCAGAGAUAGGGACCCUAACGAUGAUGAAGACGAUAGUGAGUCUAAUUUUAAGGAUGAGGAUGAUUCUGUAGAGAUAACCCCCGAUGAUCCCAUUGUUAUCAAUAGUUUCACCCUUAGUCGAGAUGCUCUCCUAAUGAGUGCCAACGGAAAAGACAACAACCAGUACGACGUGUAUGUGGAUGAAGCCAGCAGUAAAAGUGAGCUGUACGGGAAACAGUUUACUAUUCAGUUGCAUAGUGAUGAUCUUGAGGAGAACAUUGAUUACGUGGGACUUAAGACAUAG